AUGAAAGUUAUAAUUAAUUUUGGUGAAACAAAAGUUGUUGUACCAUGUGGUUCCAAGGGCGAUAUAUCUAUACAUAAAUUAAUUGAUUUAGCAACAGCUAAAUAUUCGAAAUUGUCAUACAAUAAUAAUUCGAUUUUGAACAGCAAUCAAGUUCAAUUACAACUUAAUAAUGGUGCUAUUGUAGAUUCUGAUGAUCGAGUAUGUGAUAUAGUUGAUGAUGGAGAAGAGUUAUUUGCUAUUAUUGAAUCUCAUCAAAUAAUACAUCCAUCAUAUACAACAACGACAACAACAACAACAAUGAAUAGUAAUGGUGAAUUAUCUUCAAGUAUGACUAGUUCAAAUCUAUCAUCAAGUUUAUCGGAACACGAUCGUUUAAUGGUACCAUCUUCAAAUAAUCGUCAUGAAGUGAUCGUAACCGAUGCCGAUCUACGAAAUCAAUCAUUACGUGUUAAAACUGAUCCGAAUUUUAAUUUACAACAGCCGAUCUCUCAUCAAUCAUCAUCUAAUAAUAAAAUAACAUAUAGACAAACAAAUUCUCCACCAACACAUGAUGCAAUAAAAAAUCAAUCAUGUGAUAAUAUUCAAGGAAUGUAUAAUAUUUAUACAGAUGACAAAACUGGUGAUAAAAUAUUUUCAAUUAUAUUACCAAAAGAAAAUAGUCCGUUAGGUAUACAUGUUGUACCUUAUAAUGGUGAUGAACAACAAGUUAAUGGACUUGUUUUACAAAAUAUCGAAGCUGAGGGACGUAUUAAACGACAAGGAAUAUUACAAAUAAAUGAUCGAAUUAUUGAAAUUAAUCGAAUAAAUAUCGAACGAUGUUCAUUUGAUAAAGCUCAAUUAAUAUUUCGAACAGCAUUACUUGAACCAGAACUUGAAUUAAAAAUUAUUCGAAAUAUAAAAAAACCACCGGUACCACCUAAACCAUUAUCAUUUCGUGCAAGUAACAAACAACGUUCAACAUUAUCUGAAAUUAAUCAGAAUAAUGAUCUGUUAUUAGUUGACAACGACUCAAAUAUGAAUUCAUUAAAUACAAGACGAUUGGGGAAAAUUAUUAAAAUAGCACUUAUGAAAGGCAAUGAUGGUCUUGGUUUUAAAUUAGCAUCACGUGACAAUCCUACCGGUGUUGCCAAUCCUAUAUAUGUUAAAACAAUAUUUCCUAAAGGUGCAGCAAUUGAAGAUGGACGUUUACAACGUGGUGAUCGUUUAUUAACAGUUAAUUCGAUUGAUGUUACACAAAUGUCGCUACAAGAAACAGUGGGUUUAUUACGUGAAACACGUGUUGGCGAUACAGUUGAAUUCUGUAUAUCAAGACAACGUGAUGGAUUAGUACCAUCAGAUCUUAUUAAUGAUGGACUACAAAUACAUGAUAAGAUAACAAAUGAAAUAAAACCACCGAUAAUGACAUUUGAUAUUCCAUUAAAUGAUACAUCAUCAGCUGGUCUUGGAAUAACACUUAAAGGCAAAACAUCAAUGGUUGAUGGACAAUCUGUUGAUUUAGGAAUAUUCGUUAAAAGUAUAUUAACUGGAGGUGCAGCAUCUCGAGAUAAUAGACUUCGACCAAAUGAUCAGCUCCUGGUUAUUAAUGAUUCAACAUUAAUAAAUCUAUCGAAUUUAGAAGCUGCUGCUACUUUACAUGAAGCUGUACGACGUGAAAUUCAUCCGGGAUAUAUUAAAGUAACAAUAUCACGUUCACCAAUAACAACAGAAGAUGAAGAACAACAACAUAUUAAUUCGAAAAGAUAUGUUAAAGAAAUUGAUUUAUCAUCACCAUCAUUAAUUCCAGUGAAUAAUGAUGAAAAUGAAUUAGAUCUUACAACAUUUGUAGUACCACCACCACCGCCACCACUAAAUCGUAAACCUCCAUCACAACAUACAAGUCGUCAUUCUUCUCGAUUAGAAUCAACACGUUUAACAGAUUCUAAUAUUCAUUCAUCUAGUCCUCGAUCAUCAUCAACAAAUAGACAAACACCUAUUCAACAGCAAAACGAACAACAAACUCCAGAUGAUGUGGACAGUAAAAGUGUUAAUAAUCCAUUUGAACGUGAAACAAUAUUUCGUCAAAGUAUAUCUGAAAAACGUCGUUUAACAAAUCAACCUAAUAAACAAGUUAUACAAUGGAAACAACGUUCAUUUCAUGAAGGUCGAACACAUAGUGAUCGAAAAUCAUAUCCGAUGUCGAAUGCAGCAUCAAUUGAAAUUCUGACACCUGUCAUCGAUAUAUCCGAUGAUGACGAUGAUCAUGAUUCUAAUAAGACAGAUAAUCAUUGUCGAUAUGCCGUAACGAGACGAUCAGAACAACCAAUGCGAGUAUUACCUGAUCCAUCGUCAAGUACGAAUCGUUCAUCACCAGGUCUUAUUCGUUCAUCAUCUUUUGAAAGUAUUCAAAAACUCGUAGACGAAUGUGAAUCACCAAAUGUUAUAUUAAAUCCAGAUGAAGAACGUAAACGUCAAGCAAAAUUACGUAGUCGAGCUUGUAAUGAUUCAUUUCGACAAGCAGUUGAUAAAUCUUAUUGUCAAAAUUCAAAUUUAAAUGAUAAUGACUUGACAAGCGAUGAUAGAUCAAAUAAAUCAGACAAACAACGAUUUCGUUUUUCGAAUUUAUUUUCUGCAAAAUCAAAACGAAAAGAACAAUCCGAAUUAAAAUCAAAUGUUAUUCAAUAUCAACUAUCUCCUCACGAUAAUCAUUCACCCUAUUAUCCACCUCCACCUUUACCAUUUAGUUCCCGAACAAAUUCAACAUCCUCAUCAUCAUCAUCAUCCGCUCGCAAAUCAUCGAAACAUUCAAAUAAUGAUAAUUCUCCAACGUUAUUUUCUUAUCCAUCACAAACACAUGAACAAAAACAAGCUUAUCAACCCUAUCGUUUUGAUACUUCUAAUCAAAUAUCUUCGCAUGGACAACAAAAAACUGAACAUUUUACACCGACACGUCAUGAAUCAUAUGGAACACAUGAUUAUCAAUCGAAACAUGUUCCUGGUCCAUCUUCUUUAUCUGUAAUUAAUCAAAAAUCAUCUCAUCCACCAAUUCCCCGACAAUUUUUACAAACAAACGUGCAUGGUUCACAAUCAUUAAAAAAUCAUCAAUCACCAUCUUAUUCAUCUAUUUUGCCAUCAUCGAAUCGUUCACCAUAUCCAUCGACAUUCGCCGUUCAACCAUCAAAUUUUACGUCAUAUAGUCAUAACAAUGAUAUUCCGAUGAAUAUGUCUCAUCAACAAUUACAACAACAACAGCAACAACAAACAAGACGAAUAGGUUAUUCAGCAGCACCUAUCUAUCCGACAUCACGAAGUUAUUUUCAUUUUGAAAAUCCGGCCAAUGUUUAA